UUUGGUGAUUCAAAAUUUGAAAAAGCCCUACGAAUAAAGCUUUCUUUUUGGCCCGCCCGUCUCUCUUCCUCUGGGCGGAAAACACCAAACCCUCACUCGCUCUUCUUUAUAGACCAUUGCCGCUCGACAUAUACACACAAAGGAUCUCUAGUCCCUUGACCUAUUUCUAGGGUUUUCUCUUUCUCGCUAGGAACUGUAACGAUGUCGCUGAGACCUAGCGCCAGAACGGAGGUUCGCCGGAACCGAUACAAGGUGGCGGUUGAUGCCGAGGAAGGGCGCCGGAGGCGAGAAGACAAUAUGGUCGAGAUCCGUAAGAACCGGAGAGAAGAAAGUUUGCAGAAGAAGAGACGCGAAGUCACUGCUAGCCAGUUCGCCAUGCCCGUUCAGUCUGCUUCCGCCGCCGAAAAGAAGUUGGAAAAUCUUCCUGCAAUGGUUGCUGGAGUUUUCUCUAAUGAUAACAAUAUGCAGCUUGAGGCCACUACUCAGUUUCGUAAACUCUUAUCAAUAGAACGCAGCCCUCCAAUCGAAGAAGUUAUUCAAUCUGGUGUUGUCCCUCGCUUUGUUGAGUUUCUUGUGAGGGAGGAUUUCCCCCAACUACAGUUUGAGGCUGCUUGGGCUUUGACUAAUAUUGCAUCUGGAACAUCUGAACACACAAAGGUGGUGAUUGAUCAUGGAGCCGUCCCGAUUUUUGUGAAACUUCUUGCAUCUCCCAGUGAUGAUGUUAGGGAGCAGGCUGUAUGGGCCCUAGGGAAUGUGGCUGGUGAUUCCCCUAAAUGUCGUGACCUUGUACUUGCACAAGGAGCUUUGAUUCCUUUACUUUCCCAAUUAAACGCACAUGCUAAGCUAUCUAUGUUGCGAAAUGCCACUUGGACACUUUCCAAUUUUUGUAGGGGCAAACCACAACCUUCUUUUGAUCAGACAAAACCUGCACUUCCAGCUCUACAGCAACUUAUUCGUUCAGAAGAUGAUGAAGUCUUGACAGAUGCUUGUUGGGCACUUUCAUAUCUUUCUGAUGGCACCAAUGAUAAAAUCCAAGCUGUUAUUGAAGCAAAUGUAUGUCCAAGAUUGGUUGAGCUAUUGAAUCGUGCUUCUCCAACUGUGCUUAUUCCUGCUCUUCGUACAGUUGGGAACAUUGUUACUGGAGAUGAUAUGCAAACUCAGUAUAUAAUCAAUCUUCAAGCAUUGCCUUGUCUUCUGAACCUGUUGAUUGGUAAUCACAAAAAGAGCAUUAAGAAGGAAGCUUGUUGGACUAUAUCAAACAUCACUGCUGGCAAUAAGGAGCAGAUUCAGAUAGUGAUUGAAGCAAAUAUCAUUGGUCCUCUUGUUCUUUUGCUUCAAACUGCUGAAUUUGACAUCAAGAAAGAGGCUGCAUGGGCCAUCUCAAAUGCUACUUCUGGUGGAACCCACGACCAAAUUAAGUAUUUAGUUAGUGAGGGGUGUAUCAAACCUUUGUGUGACCUGCUGAUCUGUCCAGACCCACGAAUAGUGACAGUGUGUUUAGAGGGGCUUGAGAACAUUUUAAAGGUUGGGGAAGCUGAAAAGAAUUUGGGGCAAUCUGGGGAUAGGAUGAUGUUAUGCCACCUGGCGAAGCAACCCCUCAGCCUCAGGCUGCUGCUUUCCAUUUUGGAGGUGCUGAUGUUUCCGUUCCCUCUGGUGGAUUUACCUUCAACUGAUUCAAGUGCAAGGCUCUUUUUUUGACCUGGGUGGUGGUCCAGUAUUAUUAUAGUUUUGACUUUUGAGGGUUUAUCUUAGCAGUGAUGAUUGGUGUCUUGAUGAAUUAUGUAAAGUAUUUGACAUUGGGAUUUAUGGAUUUAGUCCCGUUUUUGCUUUGUAUUUCUUAUUUGCCACUUACUUGAGAAUUACCAAUUCCCGAUAUGUAGUAGUCAAUAUUCUACUUUCUGUUGACAGCUUAAAAUAUUGG